AUGGGAAAUAAUUAUAAAGAAAAAAUAAAAGAAUUUUUUAAUUAUUUUAAAAGGACAUGCGAAUCAACAGCUACAGAUCUUUGGUGUAUGGUUGUACAUUCUUGUUUUGUUGAAGAUGGAUCUGGAACUGAAUUUCAAAUUCUUACAGAUGAAGGAUGUGCAAUUGAUAGAUAUUUAUUAGAUAAUUUGGAAUAUGGCCCAGGUCCAUUACAAGCACAAAAAGAAGCACACGCUUUUAAGUUCGCUGAUCGUGUUGUUGUAAAUUUCCAAUGUUCAAUUAGAUUAGAUAUUCGGGAUGGGGAAUGCCCGGUAAAUUUAAUCUUCAAGUCAAUAAAACAAUUAUUUUUUUAA